AUGGCAAACACCAACUCUCUUCCUUUUCUGCACGCUGCCGAAAGCCCAUACAGCACAACCGUAGGGCAGACGAUGGUGCCACCCAGAAGGGACAUUUAUAAAGCCAAACAGUUUGCGGACUUUAUUCUCUCCAUGUUAUUGGACCCGGAACAGCGAGGAAUUGCUAUUUCGAUCGCUCAAAGUCAUGGUCUUUCAAAAUUUCGAAAUAUCCAAGCUGGUGUCACUGACCCUGAUGAGGUUUAUUCAUUUGGUUGUGUUCUAGCAAUCGCACACUUUUACAAGGAGAUGCCAUCGCUCGAUAGAGGAGAGAUUGAAGCAGCCUUUGAUAAAUGUGUUCGUGCCGUCAACUCUUUGACUUAUUUUCUUCAUGCUUCGCAUGAUAGGACCAGCCGAAUCCCAGGUCCACCGUAUCUAAAUUUGGCUGAGCGCUGGAAGUUAGAUCGAGCAUGGGAUAUCUGUAUAUGCCUACUGGGUGCCAUUAAGGCUCGUUGUGGCUUCCAACGGAAAUUCCAAUUUACUGGGGUACCAAUUGUCCAACCCCCUCACUACCACCGAGCUGUCGCCCGGGCGUUGGAAGACUACAGUCUGAAUCCCGAGAGACUCAUUUGUCCUAAAGGCUUGAAACUUCUUACACGGAAAGAAAUCGCACCUUUUAUUCAACCUCGUGAGCUUUUUGAGGAGCUUGAUAUAGCUAAAAACAACGAAAAUUGGUUCAUUCAUAAGGAAUGCACAGUCGAACAAUGCGAAUUCGAUUCUGGCAAUCACGAUCUAGCCAAUUUAGAUUACCAUGUCCCAUCAUGCGACAAACUGUGCGGAACAUUGAGACCUCCCAAUCACACAAUUUCGAAAUUUGACGAAAUCGCUCAACGGGGUAUGCCAGCAGUGAGUGUCAACGCUGGAAACAACCACAAUGAGUGGUGGGUUAUGGCCGAUAAUGAGACAUUGGCUGUGUCUCAUGUUUGGAGAGAUGGUGUGCAUGGCACAAGAAAUGAUGGGCUGAAUAUAUGCGUCCACAAACUCCUUGUUCAGAUUGCUGAGAGCAAAAACUGCAAAAGCUAUUGGAUCGACUGCGCUGUGAUACCGAUAGAAGAGGAGACGCGGAGAUUAAUGAUUGGAAGAAUCAACAAGACAUUUCAUCACGCAAAGGUUGUGUUAUGUUGGGACAAAGGGUUCACCACCGUACCUCGUGACAUUAGGACCAUGCUGCUGUCGCUAAUUGUUUCCCCUUGGCAUCGGCGGGCUUGGACACUUCUUGAAGGCAAUAGAGCCAGUUUCAGCCGUAUGUGCUUUCUACAAUGGGCACAAAACGACUUUGAUCUCUUCUUUCUCGAAGAAUCAGUAUUAUCCGCCUUCCUUCCUCAGACCAAUGUCCCACUAUGGAUUCAGUCAGCACUCAUCGAACUUUUGCCCUAUAGCGACUCCAAAAUGUUGAUAGAAGCAGCCGGAUUACUAUUGACCGGGCGGCACGCGACGAGACCUGGUGACUCGGAAACAAUCUGGGGCUUACUUCGCCCUGUUGAGGCUAUUGCCGAUGUAACAGACCUUGCUUUUGAUGACCCAUACUUUUAUGCAGGAGGUCAAGCAGAUGUGGCAUUUAUCAGUUCUAAUGCGUCUCGCCUCCAACCUCUUUACCAUUCACGCUGUUGGAGGCCUGGGAAGACGGAUGCAAAUGAGUGGGUUCGUACAGCGUAUGGCGGCAUCGAGGCUACGAUUGAAGCUAACGGCGAUACGCGAAGACUAUCGUGCCGCUGGUGGAUGAAAAUAGGCGAUGAUUUGAGAGAACACGUAAAUUGGGAUUCGCCGCUGGGGAAAGACGCCCUGCAAAUACUUCCCAAGCUGAGGGACAAAAGAGCAUGCACUCUCUUUGGCCUUAUUUGCCCAAUUUUGAAAGGAGACCCGCGAAACCCCAACGAAGAUCGAAGUGGCUUCACAGUAGGUCCGGUUCAGGGAAUGUUUCGCAGCGACAUCUUCAUGGAGUGUAGUAGAGCGAUUGUCGUCACAAAAGGGGAAACCGAUGACUAUUGGCAAUGGCAGACAAUCGUGGAGCUGGAAGAAAGCUUAAUAUUUACUACACAAGAGGCGAGGUAUAUUAAGAUUUGCUGCAAAAGCUUUGAGUACUAA